AAAAGAAACAGCUAACGAAAUGAAUGUAGACAAUAUGUUUUAAGAUCCGUUAAAUCACCGUUAUGAUUGGAUUCUCGACAGUGUUACCUAUAACAUAACAAUGACCCCAGAUGGCCCCUCCGGUUUCUCCAAAGGUUGACAAACUGAAUAAUACUUAGAAUAAGCAUGUAUUAGUCAGCACACGAUGUAUCUAACCAUGUAUGCAUCCCUCAAAACCAUGUGACGGAAAACUUGUCUCCAAAGAAGCAAGCAAAGCGACAUUGGUGAUUUUGUCCCCAAUAUUUUAAAGAAUCUGAUACAGAUCUGUCAUUAAAAAUAUGACAAAACAGAUCACCUAGUGUUCUGUAUAACUGUAUUCCAGUCCUCCAGCAACAGCAGUUGCUCCCCAAAUGCCUGAUGCAUCUUAAGCCCAAAAGGCAUCCACUAAUUUAUUUGCUAAUUUAUAGAGGUGAUCAUCUAACACAAGAAAUAAAAUAACACACAGGGGCUUUGCUCCCAUGCAAAAGCCCCCAGUGUCCUGAACAGAGGCAGGUCGUCCUGCCUCCAGUGGCUUGAAUGAAAAUUAAACCUUACAGACAAUUCAAUUCAUUGUGUAAGAAUCCAUCCAAAACCAGCUCUUUACUCGAAAGUCUUUGCCAUAUUAUUAGGUGGUCACUGGUCAGGCAACACAAUCAAUGAGACAGCCCUGACACCACCCUUGAUUGUGUUGAAUCUGUGAUUAAAAAAAAAUAUGGCUUGUACUAUUACGACAUUUUUUUGCGCAAUAUAAUUACAUUGACAGCAUGCACCUCAAAUGUAACAUCCAAAUACUGAAGAAACCAAUACCCUCAACAAGUAUUUGACUGCUCGCAGAAAUCUAUCCAUCUAUAGAGUCCAAUAACAAGGUUAACCUAGUCGCCUGGCCAUUACCAUUUUACCAUCCAACAGGGCAAGAUUUUGUUUGACCAACAGGAAUGUAUUCUUUAAGACAGAAAGCAGUAGGUUUAAAUUAGGAAGCAUUUUUUUUACAGUAUUUGCUUUUCAGGCUAAAGUCAGGUCUUUGGAAUCUUUCAGCUAAUCUAGCCUAGUUCACUACAUGUCUCCACAGGCACUAGCUUCAGUUCCAAAUGCACAGUGGAAUGGACAGCACACUCAAUUGGCAACCGAGUUCCCAACCAGCACUCCCUUUCGCCAACCCAAAGCCAGAUGGAAAUGGAAUGCCCUGCAACAUCAGAAACCUGGACCUCUCUAUAGGUUAAAAUGGGGGGAGCUAAUGACAGUGGUCACACAUAGCUAGGUUGCAACCACCAGGCACAUGGCGAGUAGUGGUAGGGCCAAAGUCUACUCCACCUCGCCUGGAUGGCUGUGAUUAGGCCACAAUGGCCAGGCACCAACUUUGAAGCGCCACUAUCUGAGUAUCUGAUCAUUCCUCAUCAGCAGCAGCUACACUGAAUGAAACUACAUAUUCUAACCUCAGCAUCUUUGAUGCGCUUCACUUUGAUUCUUCCUGUCUACCUAGGUUAAAAUGGACCAAGCCCCCCCUCAUGUCAUGUACCAAGGAAAUAGUAAUACAUUAUUAUGUGGACACACCCCCAAAGUUCUCCUUGGUAGGCUAUAAAUGCGUGGCCAUGACAUCUGCAUUGUUCUCUACACCGCACACCAUCCCUGCUAUCCCUCUCCAGCACUAGCAGCAAAAGCUUUUGCCACAAAAGAGAAGUAAGCUAGCAGAAAUGGCCAUGAACCACCCUCUCUUCUCCCAGGAGCAACCCCAGUCCUGGCCAUGGGGUGUGGCCAUGUACGCCAACUUCCACUACCACCACCACUACGAGAAGGAGCACAUGUUUGAGAAGCCCCUGACGCCCAGUGACGUGGGGAAGCUGAACCGGCUGGUGAUCCCCAAGCAGCACGCCGAGAGGUACUUCCCCCUCGGCGCCGGCGACGCCGCCGACAAGGGCCUGAUCCUGUCGUUCGAGGACGAGGCCGGCGCGCCGUGGCGGUUCAGGUACUCCUACUGGACGAGCAGCCAGAGCUACGUGCUCACCAAGGGCUGGAGCCGCUACGUCAAGGAGAAGCGCCUCGACGCCGGCGACGUCGUGCACUUCGAGAGGGUGCGCGGCUCCUUCGGCGUCGGCGACCGUCUCUUCAUCGGCUGCAGGCGCCGCGGCGACGCCGCCGCCGCGCAAACACCCGCACCGCCGCCCGCCGUGCGCGUCGCCCCGGCUGCACAGAACGCCGGCGAGCAGCAGCCGUGGAGCCCAAUGUGUUACAGCACGUCGGGCGGCGGCUCAUACCCUACCAGCCCAGCCAACUCCUACGCCUACCGCCGCGCAGCAGAUCAUGAUCACGGGGACAUGCACCAUGCAGACGAGUCUCCGCGCGACACGGACAGCCCAAGCUUCAGUGCAGGCUCGGCGCCAUCGAGGCGGCUCAGGCUGUUCGGCGUCAACCUCGACUGCGGGCCAGAGCCGGAGGCAGACACCACGGCAGCGGCAACAAUGUACGGCUACAUGCACCAGCAGAGCUCCUAUGCUGCCAUGUCUGCAGUACCCAGUUACUGGGGCAAUUCAUAAGAAGAUUGACUAUGAGAUCUGAUCUGAGGCCAUGCCUGCAUGAUCAUAAUUCAUAAGUCCUAGCAAGCAACAGUGGAAGAACUAGUUGCUACUGCUCUGCAUUCAGUGACAGGUUUAAAUUGUGACUUGUGGAAGGACAAGGAAGGAAGUGGGGGGGAACUCCCUUGUUUCCCGGGCAAAUGCAUAUUCCUUCCAUCCCCAUAGUGCCUUUUUUCUAGGUUAUUUUCUUCUUCAUCUUGGCUUCCAGAAACCCUACUUACUGUAUGGGCCCCUGGCAGCAGACAUGGAUGGGGAGGUUUCAGGAAACAUCAAGUUGAAAAGGAGAGGGGAAUUGAAGAGACAGGCAGAGAGCUGUAUGUAUGUCAGUAUGUGUCAUCUGUCUGUAUAGUGGGUCCAAGAACAAACCCUGAAGCUGAUGUAUUCACUCCUGCCUCCUCAGGAAACAUAACUUUAUCCCCAUUUCACCUCUUCUACUGUGCUUGACCUGAUGCAAUCAAUUGUUGAUGGACCAGAUGCAAUUAUGCAAUGCUUCCAUUUGUUGCAAUCCAAUAGGUUCACCGAUUA